AUGAAAAUGGUUGCCAUUGAAGAGGUUCCACAUGUCCAACCAGAAGCUGUUGUGUAUGAGAUUGAUCAUUUGCAAAACCAACUAACAGAAAAGGUUAAUGAACUAGCAACUUGCAAAGAUGAAAUCAAGGCCUUAAGGGCAAUAGAAGCUCAGAAAGAUAAGGCCAUAGAAGAGCUGAGAAAUGAAGUUAGUAAGCUUGAUGAGAGAUUAAGACUUAGUGAGAAUCAUCUUAAACAUAAGAAUCUUGAAAUCAAGAAAUUAACAGAUGAGAAGAAAGAUGCGUUGGCCGCGCAAUAUGCUGCAGAAGCGGCUCUUAGAAGAUUGCACACUGAUCAAAAGGAAGAUGAUUUUUUUCCAUUUGAAAGUAUCAUUACUCCUCUUGAGGCUGAGAUUAAGAUGUACAGGACAAAGAUUGCGGAACUACAUGAAGAUAAGAAAGCUUUGGAACGAAUCACAAAGUCGAAGGAGUUGGCGUUGCUUGAAGCAGAGAGGAUUUUAAGAAGUGCGUUAGAGAGAGCUUUGAUAGUUGAAGAAGUUCAGAAUGAAAACUUUGACUUGAGGAGACAGAUUGAAAUCUGCCAGGAAGAGAACAAAAUCUUAGAGAAAAGCCACCGGCAAAAGAUAGUGGAAGUUGAAAAACUAAGCCAAACAAUCCAUGAACUCGAGGAGCUCAUCUUAUCUAAUGGAGCCAACGCAAAUGUCAUUCGCGAUUAUGAGCGACAGAUUUCUGAGUUGCAAGAUGAGAAGAGAACAUUGGAGAGGGAACUAGCAAGGGUAAAAGUUUCGGCUAACAGAAUUGCAACUGCUGCAGCUAAUGAAUGGAGGGAUGAACAAGAUAAGGUCAUGCCUGUUAGACAAUGGCUCGAAGAGAGACGGAUUAUGCAGGCAGAGAUGCAAAGGUUGAAAGAAAAGCUAGCUAUAUCAGAGAGAACAGCCAAAGCAGAAUCGCAAUUGAAGGAUAAACUGAAGCUGAGGCUGAAAACGCUGGAAGAAGGCUUAAAGAAAUUCUCUAUCAAUUCCAAUGCAUUUUCAGGAUCUCCGACAGGUGACAAAUCGAAUAUCUUAAGCUUCGUAACGAACAACGGUGGACUGAGAAACAGGUCUACAUCACAACCAAGAGGGUCUACUGUUGGAAGCACUUUGUUCCAAAAGUCAAACAUAAAAGGAAACAUGGACAGUGUUUCCGGGAACCGAAAACCAGCUAGCGUUGCAAAAUCGAAAUAUGGUUCUACAGAAAAUGUCUUCAAAAACGGUAUAUGGGCAUCGAGAAACAAAUUUUCUGAUAGUGGUGAAAAAGAAAAUGAGAUGCAGAUGAACAAAGGUAGUGUUAAAACCAGCGUUGAUGUUGACGAAGACUUGAAAAGUAACAGUUGUAAUGACUUAGGAAGCAAUGAUGUGGUCUCUGGAUUUUUAUAUGAUAAGCUUCAAAAAGAGGUCAUCAAUUUGAGGAAGUCUUGUGAAACAAAAGACAGUAGUUUGAACACUAAAGAUGAAGAAAUAAAGAUGCUCACGAAGAAAGUUGACGCACUAACAAAGGCUAUGGAAGUGGAAUGGAAGAAAAUGAAAAGAGAAGCAGCUGCUAGGGAGAAGGAGCUUGCAUUAAUAAAAUCAGAUGAUAAAAGAAAAAACAGAAGCUCCAACUUCUCAAAAAGGAUGAUGAAAGAACAUUGA